AUGUCUUUACUUCGAUUUUGUUUCCGUAAAAAUUUCUUCGUCUUUCGUUCUUCUGUUGGCGUUGGUUGCUUUUCAAGGGAAAUAUCUACCCAACAAACUAAAAAACUUGACUUACGAGGCAUUUUCCCUCCAAUCACUACACCUUUUACUUCCAAAGGUUCGAUCGAUUUUGAAAAACUAUCAAAAAAUAUGAAACGCUGGAACGAAAUUCCUUUUAAAGGUUAUGUUGUCCAAGGAUCCAAUGGAGAGUAUGUAUAUUUGAACACAUCAGAACGCAUUGAUUUGGUACGACGGGUUGCACAUUUGGCAAAUGAUAAGCUCAUUAUUGCUGGAUCAGGUUGUGAAUCCACUGCUGUCACAAUUGAACUCACAAGAAAGAUGGCUUCAGCUGGAGCCAAUUGUGCUUUGGUUAUUACCCCUUCAUUCUAUAAAGGAGCCAUGUCAAAUGCAAGUUUUAAGACACAUUUUCUCAAGAUUGCUGAUGACAGUCCUAUUCCAAUUUUGUUGUAUAAUGUACCUGUGAACACAGGAUUAGACUUAGACCCAAACAUAAUUCUGGAAUUAGCAGAUCAUCCCAAUAUAGUUGGAUUGAAAGACAGUGGAGGAGAUAUUUCAAAAAUUGGAAAUUUGGUGUUUGCCACCAAAAAUAAAGACUUCCAGAUUUUAGCAGGAUCAGCUGGUUUCCUGUAUCCAGCUUUAAUGAUGGGUUGUGUUGGAGGUAUUUGUGCUUUAGCUAAUGCAAUGGGCAAAGAGCUGUGCGAUCUUCAACUCCUCUAUGAACAAGGAAAGCAUGAGGAAGCCCUGGAACUACAACAGAAGCUCAUUGCUCCAAAUACAGCAGUGACAAGGAAAUAUGGAGUUGCAGGACUCAAACAAGCAAUGGAAUGGUUUGGUUUUCAUGGAGGACCUCCACGUCUUCCAAUGCUACCACUCAACAGAGAGCAGAUAACUGAACUCAAGAAAGAGUUCACAACUAGAGGGUUUAAAGUCUGA